AUGGCUCGUUCUCUUCCAGGGGUAGUGGUAUCACCCAGAUGUGGAUUUGGAGGCCUGGACUUCGGAAGGAAAUUGAAAAGGCAGUCGCCAACGGCCAGCGCGAGCCAGCUAAGUCCAACCGAGCGGGCAAGGCACAACCCCCCACCCACCCCCGCCCAGACGCGUCGCCUCGGCGGCCCCGAAGCUCCUCGCCACCGGCCCGCCCCCGCCGCGCCCCUUGCCCCCGGCCCGCCCCCCCGCCGCCGGGUGGACGCCGGCGACGCCGCCAUGUCGCCCUCCGCCCCGCCCGCGCCCGCCCGCUUCCUCCUCUUCGCCGCGGCCCUCGCGCUGCUCCUCCUCUCCCCAACCCUAGCGGCCUCCGACCCCGCCGCCGAGCCCUGCGCGGCGCCCCUCGACGCCGCACCGCUGGACGGCGGGGGCGGGGGAGAGGUCGCGCUCUGCCCCGUGCGGUGCUUCCGCCCCGACCCCGUCUGCGGCGCCGACGGCGUCACCUACUGGUGCGGCUGCCCGGAGGCCGCCUGCGCCGGCGCGCGGGUGGCGCGGCGCGGCUACUGCGAGGUCGGCGCCGGCUCCGCGCCCGUCUCCGGCCAGGCGCUCCUGCUCGUCCACAUCGUCUGGCUCUUCGUGCUCGGCGCCGCCGUCCUCCUCGGCUUCCUCUGACGCGCGCGCGCGCCUCCGUCGCCCCCCUUCCUGUAAUUGACGUCCUCCCCAUCCCCACAAUUGGUACAACUACUCAUUUCAAGAUUCUUUGUUGGAUUUCGGUGCGCUCUUGAGAGCCGAGGGGGUGUGGUGCUGGAACGGAAUGUUUCGUUGCGAGGAUGUCACACAAUUCUUUCAUAGAUGAUGAGAUUGGUUGGCUUGGUGCUUUAGAUUUCGGACCUCAGCUGUCCAGAUUGGUUGCCAAAUGUAGGUUGAGAUCGUGUAAAACAGCUUGUAAAUUUCGGCUAAAUACAUUUUGCAGUGAUCUGGUUGUGCUUGUCUAUAAAUUUCAGCUUUCAUGAUC